UUUUAUUGAUUUGAUUUAAUUAAGUUUGAUUCAAGUAGGAAUUUUGCUUGAUUACUGAGUCACAUAACAUAUAGAAAAUUUAAUAAAUUUUCAUUGGAUCCUAAAUUGCAACUGGUAGGGACAACAAAUAACGUAACGUACCACCGCCCUCUCCCCAACUAUGGCCGGCAAAAGAAGCUUUCUUGCUUUCUUAGGUUUACUUCUUUAUUUUUGCCUUUACAGAGGAAAAAAAGAAAAGAAGGAACUGAUAAGAAAAGGGUGGAAGGGGCAAUUUUGGGAAUUCAGAAGAGAUCCUGCGUACGUGUCGUCAGCUUCAUACUGAAGAAACCGAAAACGUUUCUCUCAAUCUCAUUUCUGUCUCAAACUCUCUCUCUCUCUCUCUCUCACUUUUCUGUCUUCUCCUGUCUCAGUCUUGACACUCCCCUCACUAUUUUCACUACCUAAAUUCAAUCCCUUGAUUCACUUCGUCAGGUAUGGAGCUGAAUGCUAUACAAGAUUCAUUUGAGAGGGUUGUGAAGAAGCAAAAGUUAUCAUAUUCCAAAUCCCAAGAAUUGAUCCGCCAAGUUGGCCAUGAAAUUGACCAAGCAUUGGCAAGAAUACAGUCAGAUAAUGAUUCUGGCAUAUCCAUUGAUCCUAAAACAGUUCUCACGGAACUCAAAGCCAAGCUCCAGAUUGUUGGUUCACAUAAUCAUUUAGAGGGACUGCAGCGAGAUCUGAAUACGAGUCUCAGCAAGCACCAGAAGCUCCUUGAGAAGAUGCUAUAUCCUGAUAUAUCGAACACGUACGGAAAUGUUGAUUUUGACCCCCAUAUUGUAAAUCAAAUCAUCAUCGGCCACGUUUACCGUGAAGGCCUAUUUGAUAUUGCAGACUGUUUAAUACAAGAAGCUAGUGAACCUGAAGCCAAAUCCUUGAGGUUGCAUUUUGAAGAGAUUCAUCAGAUCCUCAAGGCUCUGAAGUCAAGGAAUCUAGAGCCUGCAGUAAACUGGGUCUCCAAAAACCAGGAAAGACUAAAGGAGUCUGGCUCAAAUUUAGAACUGAAACUCCACAAGCUGCAUUUUGUAGACAUUUUACAGAAGCGAAGCAGAGCAGAUGCAGUUAAAUAUGCCAGAACUUACCUUGCUCCCUUGGCUUCUUAUCAUAUGAAAGAGAUACAAAAACUCAUGGGUAGCCUACUCUGGGCAGGAAAGCUUGAUAAAUCCCCUUAUGCUAAUCUGGUGGAUCCAAUCCAUUGGGAAAAAUUGGCCGAGGAGCUUAUGUUGACAUACUGCAAUUUCACAGGACAAUCCUUCAGGGACCCUCUUAAUGUUGCUGUUGCUGCUGGGGCAGAAGGACUGCCUACGCUGUUAAAAUUGGCAAACGUAAUGGCAGCAAAGAAACAGGAAUGGUGGGCAAUGAAACAGUUGCCUGUGCCAGUGGAGCUGGGUAAGGAGUUUCAGUUUCACUCGGUUUUUGUUUGUCCAGUUAGUCGGGAACAAGGUAGUGAAGAAAAUCCACCAAUGUUGUUGCCAUGUGGUCAUGUUCUUUGCAAGCAGUCAAUUAGUAAACUAUCGAAGGGAAACAGUCGUAGCUUCAAGUGUCCUUACUGCCCACAGAAUGCAUCAGUUGCACAAUGCCAGCAACUAUACUUCUGAGUUCUGAUAGUUGUAUAGCGCUCCUGUAUUCUCUGUCCUCCUUUCCAAGGACGGCUCGGCUUUUGUUCUGUAAAUAAAUAUCACAUUCUUCUAAAAUCUUAUUUUGCUAUUUCUUUUCACAAAUAGAAUGUCAAUAUACCUCCUGCUCUGCAAAGA